ACUCCGAGUAGAGCGCAGUUGGCCCUUUCUGCUUUCCUUCCUUCCGCUCGCGACCAGAAACACGCAGGGCUCUCUGCUGGUCGCCCUGCCUGGCUCUCGUGCACGCGCGAUCCGCUGCCGCCAGAGGGAUCGAGUGGAUCAACUUUGGCGGAAAGGAUGAGUGUGGACUGGCUUGGCUAUGGCUAUGCAGCACUGGUUGCUUCAGGCGGAAUAGUUGGCUAUGCAAAAGCAGGUAGCGUUCCUUCUCUAGCUGCUGGUCUCCUCUUUGGUGGUUUAGCAGGACUGGGUGCGUAUCAGCAGUCUCAAGAUCCAAAGAAUGUUUUGCUUUCUCUGAUUGCAUCAGGAACCCUGACAGGUGUGAUGGGAAUGAGAUUCUAUAACUCCAGGAAAUUCAUGCCUGCAGGACUGAUUGCUGGUGCCAGUUUACUAAUGGUGGGGAAGCUGGGACUACAGAUGAUGGAGAAACCCCUUCAGCCGUAAUUGCGCAACGGAUAAGAAAAGAAGCAGAUGAGUUUCCUGAAGAGACAGCUUUCUAAAUGCUUACUUGAACUGAGCAAUGAAAACAACCACAAUUCUUGAUCCCCCCUUCCCCCAAAUAGUAUAGUAUAGAAAUGGGCAGAUACUAGUGAGGGUACAAAUGAGUCCCAGGCAUGAUCCUAGAAAGCAGACCGUUUUUGCCUCUCAGCAUACACAAACUUUGAGUCAACUCCUUUCCUCAUUGGUUCCAACCUGUGGAAAUUUUUUAUAAAUUUUAUAGACUUUGCCCAUGUGUGGCGUAGCAUUAUCAAGGAUAUUAAACUACUGGAGCACCAUGUUUGUGUCACCAGAGUAUUUUUAUUAACUACUGUUGCACAGUUGCUCAAAGGCUGGAUCUACAGCAUUGCAACUUUCAUGGCUUACUUCUUACAGUUUUUCCCAAAGCUGUGAGCACUUUAAAAUGAUGUAUGGGAAAAUCUGAUGGUGGUAACCAAUGUUACAGAAAUGUAUCAUGUUUACUUCUCUGCCCUGUCCUGACAUUUAAAUGCUAUAUAUGGAUUUAGUAUAAAUGUAUAUCUUAAGUGAUCCUACAAUCAAGAGACAGCAUUUCAGCACAUAGUACUUUUCUCUUUAAAAUCAGGUAAAAAUUUGCUAAUUUUCAUGUAACAGCCACUGGAACAAUGAUUUGUUUGUUAAUAAAGUCCAAAAAAAAAACUUCUGGGUCUGGAGGAAAGACA